AUGCAGACCACCAUAUCACUAUCAAGCCAGACCCCAUUCGCCUGGAUCGGGUCACCAGCGAGAUCACCGACUUUGAAGCACCGCGUUGCUUACGCAGAUUUCGGGCUUGUGCAGUGGGAACAAGGCAACGAUCACAGCGACGCCCGCCGCGACGACGUCAUCAAGUACCUUGGUGCGGCCACCGAGGUCAAGCGCUACGCGCGUCUUCCGGACGAGUCUAUCGUGGCUCUCCAGGAUGCAUGGCGUCGUGGGGAUAGAUUCGACGCCCUUCUUGGGGGUGCAGACACAACUCCGACAUUCAAUCUCGACGGUGUCGCAGUGGAGGGUGCGUUGCGAUCUGCACUGUACUUUAUCCUUGAGGCUGCUACAUACGGCUGGGCUGCGUGGACCCGGUUCGGCAUCGCCACCAACGGCCUUGCGUGGGUCCCCGCACAGACAUCGGUGGCCGGCAAGGAAAUCACGGUCACCUAUGGACACCCGCUGGGCUCUUUCAAGAACGGCGACCUGUUGCGUUAUUCACCGCCUACAGCACACGGUAAGCGCCCGUGCAAACGCACGCGCACACAGGCCCGUCAGUUACUCUCCAUGACGCCCCCGUCGUCCCACAACGUGACGCUGCCACACCCGAUCAGCCUGUUCGGAUUCCUCGUGCUUGCGGCCAUUGGGGCGAUCAAGAGCCGUGUAGAGUGCUCGCUGCUGUAUGCCGGCGGCGACGAUGGUAUCGUGAACCCCGACGAGCCGAUACCUGGAUGGCGACGGUCACUGCGCGGGCGGUAA